AGCCACCAGUAAUAAACCCUUCAUGUCGGCAAAUCGUUCAUGGACUGCCAGAUCGAUGGGUCCGAAACAGUGAACUUCUGGCUCUUCGCUGCUCGGCCUGCACGCCUUCAUGCCUCUACGUAUAGUAUGAUGUUCCAACGGUGCAGGACCUCAUCAUCAAUUCCCAUCUCGAUGUUAACCUUUUAGGUGGAUUGGCAGACCCUGAUUCGUGGGACACUAAGCCCGAUCACGAAGUACAAACUCAAUAGAGUCAUCGCCGACGGAGUCUGCUGAUUUGGCUUCCUGUCUUCCACUCGCGUGGUCCGUACGCCCACAAGGGAACUGGUACAUAUAAAUCAGCGCUAGAUUCGCGGCGUAUCAUCUCGUCAGCUUCCCCUACUCCGUUCCAUCCCACUACUAGGAGAUUUUACGCUCCUCCCUUGACCACACUGAUAAAAUGAACAUUCCCACACCUUUCGCUCGACGAUUCCCCUUUGAUGUACUCUGUGGGAUCAUAUCUCAACUCGAGAGCGGCGAUAGAUUAGCUUUCAGCCUGGUCAAUCACAGUUGCAACCGCGAGGCCAGCAAGUACAUCUGGCGGACGGUGAACAUUGGCACCAAGUUGAAGAAUCAUUCUAUUCGUGGCCUAGCUGCUGCUGCGGAUGUGAUUCUUAGCGAUCGUCCCAGGGCACACUUCGUUCGUGAGCUCAAUAUCCAUCAUUUAGAAAAUUUAAUUUCGCUUUCAAACGGACCAAAUGAUCGAACCGCCUCUAUCGAAAAAUUUAUCCGAGCACUUCAUUUUACUCCCAACCUUACCCGUCUCAGUUUCACUGGAUGGAGCUUUGGACGUCAGUUCGCCUGUUCACUGGCCUUGGCCCUCUCUGCGGAAAUAUUUCCCUUCCAACUGGAACAUUUCUCUACGAACAUCUCAGUGUGUGACGGUUUGGAAGGCUUCCUGGUCAAGCAGUGGAGUAUUCGUUCGUUUCAUCAAAUAUACGACCCUCAAACGAACGCGCGACCUCCUUGCAUUCCGGGCGGUAUCUUGCCAAACCUGGAAUCCGUUUGUGACAGUAGGGUUUCCGCUAUCAUCGAUGUCGUCAAAGGGCGUCAAGUCCAAAGCAUUUCUACGUCCACCAGGAGGGAAGAAGACGUUGAUAGUCUUCUUCGUGGGCUGACUUCUUCUACGAGUCGCUCAUCCCUCAAGACUCUCCGUCUAAGUGCGGAUGAGAUCGACGUGAUAACUGAUCUUCUCUUCCGGAUCCCUUCCGAUCUUCCUAACCUUGAAUGUAUUGGUUUCGAUUUCCAGAACGCUUCCAUAUCCUCGACGGACUGGGAUCCCUUCAUGUUCGAUUCCAUUUUCGAGUUCGAAAGGCUCCGAGAGUUUCGGUGGUCUGGCGAUUCGAUCCCAGAGGCUCUUUGGAAUCCUGUCAAUUGCUCUAAUGCGGCACUGAGACGAGUGGAGCUGGUGUUGAUGGGAAGCGGUGGGGAGAGCGUGGUUCACGUGCUUACACGGUCGGAUGAGAAUUCACGAUGGAGAUUGAGAGAGUCGAAAGCAACGGGAGUACAAGGAUCACCGAGAAACCAUUCUUGUGCGUUGCUGUGGAGCUGCGCAACGAAGAGACUCACCAACACUUCAACCCCUUCCCUAUAGGAUAUCAAUAGAUUUCCCUUCAGCGUUGGGCGAAGGUGCAUAUGUUUCUUGUUUAUUACGAUAAGGACACUUCCGUCAUUUUUGAGUCACGGACGAUUCUGCAGUUUCGCUCCCCAACUUCGUUUCUCCCUCAUGGAGCGUUUGUUGACCCAUUUCCUACUCUCGUACCUGUACACCCGAUAUAACCAGUGGAGGCCAGCUGGACCGCCAGUCUUUUUCGCUUUCAUACCAUUUUUCAUUUGGGUGAAUGUGUAUAGUGCAUCGAACAAUUCUGAUUU